AUGGCGAAUUCAACGAUGGAGGCCACGCAAGCGAGAGUAAGAGCGGCUGUUGAUGGCAUGAUCGACGAUUUGGAUCGGACGCACUUACGUAACAUGCAGAAGGAAAUGUUUUUGUGUUCCGCAAGAUGCUGUGAUCACAAGGACAGCACACGUGACAUCGUUGAAAGCUGCGUAGAGAAAUGUAACACUGGUAUAAAAAAGGCUCACAGGACUCUGGAAACAGAGCUAGGAACACUACAGGACCAGCUUUCGCGCUGCGCAAUGACUUGUCAUGACAAACUACUUCAAAAAUUCGGGCCCGAUGUGAACAAAUAUACAGAAGAUCAGAUGGUGCAAUUUAAUACGCAGUUGGACAAAUGUGUCGCCGUAUGUGCUGAUGAUCAUAUAAAAUUGAUUCCUAAAAUCAAAGAGAGGUUUGCAAAGUCGCUUUGA